AAAAUACUGCAUCCUAUGGAAUCGGUAGGAUAUGAAUAAUUACAUCUUGGUCAACCUCAAUAUGCCUUUAAUCAGGUGCUAACACCGGCAAACUUGGAUUACCAUUGUCAACACGGGUUCACUUGGGUGACCAGGGGUUUUGAAUAGAACAUUAUAGCAAACAUGUCCAUAUGGGCGGUAACAGUAAAUUAACAUUACGCUAUGAACAAUAUGCAACAGUGUGGAUGUCGUUAACAUUGUCGGCUGUCGAACAGAAAUGUCACUGUUCAAACACCAACUACCAAACCCAGUGCAAUCACUGCUGAACUAGCCACUAUGAAAUUGAUUCAAUUAAUGACGUCAGGCUAUUGCCGUCUACCGGAAAGUCCCGAAUGAUUGAUCGAUGCACGCGUUUGGCACGAGCUCGGUGAUAUCUACAUUUCCUAUUGAAUGAUGGGAACUUUUGCGCUCACCACCUGAACCCGACAGCAGAUGAAUUGUCGUCUGCUGUGAUUUUCUCCCAUCCAGCGCAGUGCUUUGUGAAUUUCCGAAAUAAUCCACCAUCUUUCUCCAUGCACGGUAGUCCAUAGCACUAUAACCAGUUCUUACAGAAAAUCGAUCCUUUGACGAUGAACUCCCAGUUCAGUAAGAAGGCAUAGCAACGGUUGUCAGCAUAAUUUAUCGUCUUCUUUCAAUGGUUUCCCAAACCGAGUAAGCAGACGACACGAAGCAAGCGACACAACCAGACCACCAUCCAAGAUGUCACUUCUUCAGCGUUUCAUCAGCAGAAUAACGCGAACUAAAACAGUCAACGAUGACUUCCAUGAGACAUCUCUACGACGAUGUCUCAACACUUUCGAUAUCACCAUGCUUGGGAUAGGUCACAUGAUCGGAGCAGGAAUAUACGUAUUAACUGGAACCGUAGUUCACAACAAAGCCGGACCCUCCGCCGUUCUUUCGUACCUCUUCGCCGGCGUUGCUGCACUCCUUUCCGCUCUAUGUUACGCCGAGUUCGGGGCCAGGGUUCCAAAGGCCGGCUCGGCAUAUUCCUACACUUACGUCACCGUUGGAGAAGUAUGGGGCUUUGUGAUUGGCUGGAAUGUUGUACUGGAGCAUCUGAUUGGCGCAGCUGCAGUUGCACGUGCGUGGAGCGCAUCCAUCGACUCAUUGUUUGACGGAGCGAUAAGAAACAGCACUAUUGCCACAAUCGGGUACAUGGGCAAGGGAAACGAGUGGUUGUCAGACUAUCCUGAUUUCCUGGCAUGGGCGAUCACUAUAGUAGUGUUCAUCAUCGUAGGUACCGGAGCAAAGUUCUCAAUCCAUUUCAACAGCACCUUUACAAUACUGAACGGGAUUGUCAUUGCCUUCAUCAUCUGUGCGGGAUUCUACUUCGCCGACAUCGACAACUGGACCAACACGAGCAAAGGUGGAUUCUUUCCCUUUGGCUUCUCGGGGACCCUAGGUGGCGCUGCGUCCUGUUUCUUUGCAUACAUAGGAUUUGAGGGCAUCGCUAUUUCAGGGGAAGAAGCAAGACAUCCCGAGAAGUCGAUACCGAUUGCGACAGCUAUCGCCCUUGCUGUAGUCACAGUUCUUUAUAUGCUUGUCAGCAUCAGUUUAACGUUAAUGGUACCAUUUGACCAAACAGACCCGGCGGCAGCUUUUCCGAUGGCUUUCGCGUACAAUGGAGCAACUUGGGCCAAGUAUAUUGUCGCAAUCGGAACUCUUUUUGGCAUUACAACCUCCCUUCUUGGUGGGGCCUUCUCACUGCCACGGUCAGUUUACGCAAUGGCGGAUGACGGACUACUUUUCUCGAUAUUCGCACGUGUUCAUCCGCGCACCCAAACUCCAGUAUGGGCUAUAGCGGUGUUCGGCUUUCUUGCAGCACUGGGAGCCUUGUUAUUCGAAAUUGAGACUCUUGUCGAGUUCAUGUCCAUAGGUACUCUUCUUGCAUACACUAUAGUUGCUGCUAGCAUAAUUAUUCUAAGAUAUCAGCCAGUUACAAAAUGUCAGUUUAAGCUCAAACCCGAGGAGGUUCCACAAGAUGAGGAUGGAAUGUCUGAGAAGAGCAUUAUCAUGAAGAAGUCCAAGAGCCAUGAUGACUUCGGGAAGUUACGAUCUAGCCUCAAAGAACUCCCCAUCCUACGCGGGUUUGAACCCGGGAGUUGCGUCACAAUGGCAACCGUUCUGAUGGGCGUGCUAAUCGUUUCCCUGUGUGUAACGUGCAUAUAUGGCUUCCCUUAUUUGACUGGCGCCACCUGGUGGAUAAUUGUCCUCGUCAUUCUGUUCGGGGGCGGGAUCGUGUUUUUCUACCUGGUCAUAGUUGCGCAUGAGCAGAACGACGCCUUCAUGACAUUCCAGAUUCCCUUGGUGCCGUUGCUACCGACUCUGUCCAUGUGCUUCAACGUCGCUCUCAUGUUCUGUCUGUCGCAUCUCACGUGGAUACGUCUUGGAAUCUGGAUGGCAGUAGGUCUGGUGGUAUACUUCGCUUACGGGAUGCACAACAGUCGGGAGAACAAGUCCGAGACGGGGUACGGCCCCAUGGUGGAGUACACGGGGGACGCGGCCCUGGGGUCGGGAACAUCUAUCAGCCGCCUUCACGAGGAGAUCAAAGAGCAGCAGCCACCCAGGAGGGAUGAGGGGCUUCCGGCGGACUACUGAGG